UGUCCCGACUUGGUUAUGUGGAUAUGAUAUGCAGCUCUGCGGAUGCCAGCAAGGGACUGAGGAAGCAAUUCGAGCUCAGUCUUCAGUGUCCACUGGUUACCCUCAAGGAAUUACCCAGGAUUACUCAAGUUCCGGAAGGAUUCCACACCAGAAACAAGCAAUCCAGUCCUCAACCAGGAACACCAACCAGGAUGUCUGAAAGGCUCAGUCCCCAGAGGCAGCACAUCCCACAAGACGCCUGUUGUGGGACACAUCUGGAGCCACCAGAGCUGUUCUGUGAUGAUGACCAAAUGACACUUUGUGGCAAAUGCUUGCAGUCCCAGGAGCACAAGCAUCACAUUGUGUACGGGAUACAAGAAGCUGCGGAAAAGUACAGGAAAUUAUUCCAGGAAAUAUUGAACACAUUGAGGAAGAAACUUGAAGUAGCUAAAAGCAUAUUGGUUGAUGAGCACGAAAGAAUGAUAAUGGUUCAGGAAGAGGAGCAGAAUUUUAAAGAGAUGAUUGAAUCUGAAUAUAUGAUAAGAUUCCGAUUGCUGAGUGAAGAGAAAGAGCAGACAUUUCUGAGACUUCAAGGAGGCACGCUUCACUUGAACUUGAGAGAAACCAGUGUGAAUCAACUGCUCACAUUUGCCACUGAGCUAGAGCAGAAGGCUCAGGAAAUGCUACAGAGACUCAGCGGCCUGGGGAGAGAGAAUAUGAAUAAACUCAAGGAGAGUGAAGUCCGGGUUUCCGAGCAGAUCUGCAGCCUUGAAAGGAUGACCACAGAGCUCGAGAGGAAGUGUGGGGAGCCCGCCUUAGCACUGCUCCAGAGUGCAAGAUAUUCUUUGGAAAGGGGUGAGUCGUUACUGCUGCAGUGUCUGGAACCCGCCCACAUCACAGACCUGAGUUUAUGCCAAAUUAGAGGAAUGAGCCAAAUGCUAAAAGUAUUUCAACGAAAUAUAACUUUGGAUUCUGAAACAGCUCAUCCCUGCCUGGUCUUAUCUGAAGACCUGAGAAGCGUAAGAUUUGGAAACACUCCGCAAGAUAUGCCUGGCCACCCACAGGGACUGGACUUCAGUGCCACUGUGUUGGGUGUGGAACGCUUCUCUUCCGGGAGGCACUAUUGGGAGGUGGAUGUGGAGAAGGCAACAAGGUGGCAGUUGGGCAUAUACCAAGGCUCUGCAGACAGAAGGGCCAACAUGCCCAAAGCUUCUGGAGAUCAAGUCUUACUCACCGGAUCCAUAAUGGGGACCGAUUUUACCUUGUGGGUCUCUCCUCCUUUGAAAAAGGUCUCAAUGAGACAGCAAAUGCACCAAGUUGGAGUUUUCUUAGACUAUGAGUAUGGGCAAGUAUCGUUCUAUAAUGUGACGGAGAAAUCUCUCAUUUAUAACUUCUCUUAUCUUGCCUUCCAAGGUGCUGUUAGGCCUGUAUUUUCUCUUUGUUUCCCUGAUAGAGACAUAAAUUCAGACUCUCUCACUAUUUCCUCCCCUCAGGUUCCUAACCAUAAUAUUGCUGUUAGCUCUUAAUCUUUCUGUGAAAUCCAAACCACAAAGGCCCAGAAAGUUAAGAGCAAGACUUUGUGAAAGAAUUUAUAUAAAGUACUCUAUUAAAA